GUAAACUGUAGACGGCCACACGUGUGUACCCUUUCCAGUUGAGUUCAAGAUGGCUACAAAACCAGCAAAGAGAAACAGGGAACCAAUCCAGUGCGUCCAGGUUUUCGGCAGAAAGAAAACUGCUACUGCUGUGGCCUACUGCAAACGGGGUAAUGGUAACCUAAGGGUCAAUGGACGUCCUCUGGAUAUGAUUGAACCUAGGGUACUUCAAUACAAACUUCAAGAACCAAUUUUACUUCUUGGAGAGGAAAGGUUUUCUGGUGUUGACAUCCGUGUUAGGGUUAACGGAGGUGGUCAUGUGGCUCAGAUUUAUGCUAUUAGACAAGCAAUCUCUAAGUCACUAGUCUCAUACUAUCAAAAAUAUGUAGACGAAGCUUCUAAAAAAGAAAUUAAAGAAAUCCUCACUCAAUAUGACAGGACACUUCUUGUAGCAGAUCCUAGGAGGUGCGAGCCUAAGAAGUUUGGAGGUCCUGGAGCGAGAGCAAGAUACCAGAAGUCAUAUCGUUAAAGUUUCUGUGUACACAAUUUUUACAUAUGUAUUGGUUUAUAUAAAGUAAACCAAAUU